AUGUCGACUAAGGACGAAUGGUCCGCGGAAGAGGAGCUGCAGCUCUUCCACGCUAUGGAGGGUCUGCGCCCGGUGGGUGUCAACAAACACUUCUACAUGUCCUGCAUUUCGGAACGCCUGUCAAAGUCUCUUAACCGCGAAAUGCCUAGUGAUUUAAUCUGGCGUCAUUUGGGUACAAUGUACAAGCUGAAGGAACUUGACAAUCUCGAGUCUCUGCCGUUUCCGAAUGAAGAGCGCGAGUUUAGUUUACCUGAACAGGAUUAUGCAUCGUUCGUAAGCAAAAAAACAACUGCAACCAAUGAUGGGGAUGAAGUGUCCGAAGCGACAACCGACAACAACACCAGCAACAAAGGUGGAAAGUUUGCAGUAUUACAGACAAGUGCCGGCAAGGAUAUGGAAAAAGAAAAGAAGUCGUCCACAAAAGCCUUGGAUUUGCCAAAGAGGUCUGCAAAGCGCACUCGCGGUUCCAUGUCGAAUGAAUCUAUUAGUCCCUCAACAACACCACCGCCUAUGCAAAACAACAAACGUCGACGUAUUUAG